GAGCGCAGUGUCGCGUCGAACCUCUCGCAGAGCGCGUCGCACGUCCGAGUACCGGCCGCCGCCCGUCAUCAGUAGUCGCCGUACCGCGCAGCCACGUAACCUCUCACCUUCUUAGUUUUUAGUAGUCGGUAGUGUGAGGAGAGUGUGAGGAGAGAGAGAGAGAGAAAGAGAGCGAGAGCGAGAGAGAGAUAGAGAGAGAGAGAGAAGGAGAAAGUAAUUGGCGACCAAGGGAAGAGUAACAUCGGAGAGUCAAAAAAGAGCAAGCGAGAGGUCGACAGCCUUUUUCCCUCGUGUACUCUAUUAGUCGUCGUCGUCGUCGUCGUCGUCGUCGUCAUCGUCCUCGUAUUCGUCCUCCUCGUCAUUGUCGUCGUCAUCCUUGCCGCCGUCGUCGUUGUCGUCGUCGUUGUCAUCGUCGUCAUCUGGCGCGACAAGCGCGGGUACACAUCCCGAUACCCUCGACACAAUCGUUUCGCAUACCUCCUUCACCGUCAAUAAUCCGUGUUCGCUCGUAGUGCCGCGCGAUUAUCAGCGAACGCAUCACCCUUCGUAAUCGCAGUGACUGAAAGGUAGAUAGAGAACGAGAGAGAAAGAGACACAGGAAGAGACGGUAGGAAAGGAGUGUGUAGUCGUGCGAGAGAAACGCUCCGAAACGUAGUUGCGGAGCGCCCGGCACAACUGGAGCAAGUUCCGAGGGAAGUCUCGCGCGCGUCGUGACCGAACCACCCCCUUUGUACGUCACGAGCUUGGCCGCGACGACGCUCGCCGCUGCCGUCGGCGACGAGAUUACCGCCGUCGCGAGCACCGAACAAGGCCACCGUCCACAACCAUCGCAGCAACAACGUCAUCGUUAUCCACUACAACAGCACUAGACAACAGCACCGCUACUCCGGACGCCGAGCGCCGUCGCUUCCACCCCGGGCACGCGAGAGCCUUGCGACGACGACGACAACGAGCAAUCGUGCGCCGCGCGUUGUUAUGGAGUCCCAGAACCAGGAGAUCGUAGCGAGCGGCUCGCCCGCCGAGGUGCCGAACGAUCCAGGGAAAAUGUUCAUCGGUGGUCUAUCUUGGCAGACCAGUCCAGAGAGCCUUAGGGAGUAUUUCACCAAGUAUGGAGACAUCACAGAGGUCAUGGUUAUGAAAGAUCCCACCACGCGACGAUCAAGGGGCUUCGGAUUCAUCACAUUCGCAGAUCCUGCGAGCGUAGACAAAGUGCUGGCGCAGGGCAAUCACGAACUGGACGGCAAGAAAAUCGACCCAAAGGUAGCAUUUCCUAGGAGAACACAUCCAAAGAUGGUGACAAGGACAAAGAAGAUAUUCGUCGGGGGAUUAUCGGCGCCGACGACGCUGGAGGACGUCAAAAAUUACUUCGAACAGUUCGGUCCGAUCGAAGAUGCUAUGCUGAUGUUCGACAAACAAACCAACAGGCAUAGAGGUUUCGGAUUUGUCACGUUUCAAAGCGAGGAUGUCGUUGACAAAGUCUGUGAGAUCCAUUUCCACGAAAUCAACAAUAAAAUGGUCGAAUGCAAGAAGGCACAGCCAAAGGAAGUGAUGCUCCCAGCGAAUCUGGCGAAGACGCGAGCGGCCAGCAGAGGCGCAUACGAUUUUAUGUGGUCUCUUGGAGCAUUACCUGAUGGUUUCCCAGCGGCAGCGUACGCGGCAUACGCGGCGGGCCGUGGCUAUUCUGGGUACCCUAGUUUCGGAUUACCCUACCCGACAGGAGUGCCGGCGGUGUACUACCACGGAACAGGAAGUGAGAAUGCAGGCCGCGCGUAUACAGAGGCGCCGAUACAACACGUCCAACGCAAUGCACUCCGGAAGAAAUUGGAUCUAACCAAUGGACAACUCACCCCAAACAACAACACGCCCUUACUUACACAAGCACUUUCUGUGAUGAACAACUACCAGGCGGCCGCAGCGCAGGCCGGAUUCCCGCCGGCGUCGCCGCACGCGGCUGGCGGCCACGGUGGGCCGCAGGGCCGGUCUUUCCCGGCGGCUAAUUCACCGGGCCCGAUUGACAUGUACAGCUCGAGCGCCGCCGCCGCAGCAGCAGCCGCAGCCGCGGAUUCCGCAGUCGCAAGCUACGUCCAGGCCGCAGCUAGCCCGCAGCCCCCCACGACCGCGUUCCCCGCGAUCGCCGUAUCCCGUGCCCCGCUCAACUACAGUCCCGGUCCUCUAAUACCAGCGGCGUUUACUAAUGGCUACCAUUGAGCCUUGUUAAGACCUAAUAACAGGAUGGACGAGACGGCAGAACGCAGCACGGUCGCCUGAUAUACUAAGCAACAUGAACGAUUGAGGCAACUAAAUACAGUGGACGAAAAAUCUCUGGACGAAAAAAUAAUAUACGCCUACUGUAUAAAUAUAAAGAUAUAAAUAACGAUCGAAAGUUGCAAUACAUGAAAAAAAAACGGAUAAUGACGAACGGAAGACAAGUAUCAAAUAAGAUUCAAUCGAUGCAACUUUAAAAUCCGGAUUGUAAAUAACCGGACGUAAUUACGCGAAUAUGUAAUAAUAAUGCGUUAAGAAAGAAUUUAGAGUAUUAGUCGAAUCCAGUUGGAUGCAACUAUAGAUAGACAGAAGAAAAUUAAUCCUGUUGAUGAGUAAGAGAAUGAAACUGACGCAACGGGGAAGACGUCCAGAGAGGAUUAGAGAAAAAAGAUGAGAAAAGCAGCAGGAAGACCGACCGUCAGACGGAAAUAGGAAGAGGUAACAACGCGCGCUGCAAUAGGCUAGUUAUGGCCGAAACUGCGUAUUGACGCCAGCCCGUUCUCCGACAUUAAUAAAAGAAAUAAUAAUAUAAUAAUAAUAAAUUAAAUUAAUAUUAUUAAUUGCUAAAUAUUUAAGCGGUUAAGUCUAGAAUAUAUAUAAAUAGUAUAUAUAUAUAAAGAUAUAAAUAUAUAUAUAUACGCAUAUAUAUAUAUAUAUAAAUAUAUAAAUAAUUGAUAAUUAUUAUAGGCGAUAACGUAUGACCUCUAGUAUUUAAGACAGUUACAGAGACAAAAGAGAUACCAAAACUCUCUCUCACGAAUAUUAUAUAAUUAUUAAUUAUAUAUGAUUAUUGGCGAUUGCAAUUAUUAACGAGCGCCGUGCAUCACGCGCGUGCCCGCGUACAUUAUACAAUGAUAGGCACAUUCGCGCGUUCACACCUGGGAAAGACUUUAUUUCUGGGCUUUCAAGUUUUAAUCGUAUGCGCGGGAAAGGUUUGAAGAGUUUAAUGGCGGCCGAGAGGAGAACGAUGGCGCGGAGAAGAGAGAAAAAGAGAAGAGGGAUAAAGGCUGAUGAAAAAGUAGAGUGGAUAAAUCAAGCGAUCCUUUUUGCUGCCCUUUCUCUACGUCUGCACAUGCAGAUUCAAGCUCCUUCUUCUCUCCCAAUGUGCCUUUUCGCUAGCUAAAUGGCGGAACGGUGCUUCUCUCCUGUCCUGUCACAGUCCUGCUUUCCCGGGUGCGCAACGAAAUAAUGCAGAAAGAUGUAGCGGCGGGCGAGCAAGGGAGUUACAUACUUGAUGUCACGCUGUUAGCAUUAUUUGUAGGAGGAUGGGAGACACGCAAGAGAGCUACCGUCGAAUUUCGGGCCGACGAGGCAAGUUCAAAACGAUGAAAUGCGUAACAUCGGAAGACUUCCAGAAAGAAGGAACAGUAGUGAAUUCUAUCGUUAGAAUCACAGAAUAGCGCAAGUUUUUUAGCUGCACUUCGCCGAUGAAUCCGCCAUUUAUAUCCCAAUAGAUAAAAUAGUGACUAUUGCACGCAUUUAUAAAAUUAUUACGAAUGAUUACUAUGGAUUUAUGGAGUAUAAACUUAAAAAAAUUUGUGUUUUAUGACGGGAUACAAUGUUUUAUAAUAAUUGAAAUAAUUUUGGAAAAGUUUUAUUAUUUUUUAAAUUACAUUAUGUUAAUUAUAUUUAAAUAACAUUACGACAAAGUCACUCAAUAGCGAUGUUUUUUGCUUUUGAAACAAACUCAUGAUGCAAAUGGCGUUGAUUUAUGCUACUCUGUAAUUCUGAUUGACACCUAAUACUCGCUUUAAAGUUCCACUUGGAACUUCCGGAGGCGCCGGACAAUGACUGUUAUGACUUUAAUCGGCCGCUGUAUAGCUUUAAAACCGAUUACACGCAGUAACCCUCGUUAUAUAUAUAUAUAUAUAUAUAUAUACACGUAUAUUACGCGUAUCAUACGCAAAUUAUCGUAUAAUUAAUUUAAAGUAAUGCUGUAUAUGCAUGACCCUAUAGACGAGCCAAUGCGAUCAAAGAAAAAGAAGAUACGAGAGUUUUUUUCGGCGGCAAGCAACCGCAACACUUUACACAAUACACACGCACAUGCGUAUAUAUACACGAAAGCUACAACACAUCCUCCACAUCCCCGGCGUCUAAUCGUCUAAGGCUGAGUUACACCGAUAGUCUGGCUUAACUAGCUCUGGUUGGUAUGUGAGCCUAGCGCGACUCAUGGUUCUUCACUAGAUUAUAGUUCCACACACAACACAUACACAAGCAAAGAAAAAUUUAGUUAACCAGCGUCGGUGAUAACCAACGUAUAGGUGCAAACUUAAGAUUCAUAUAGCGGGAGAUCAAACGAUCGAGAAAAAGAUCGAGCUGAGAGAAGAAGGUAGUAUAUAAAAUAUAUACAUAGAAAUGUCGCGUAAUCUUCGUCCGCGAUAUACGGAGCAUCGGUAUACGGUGCGCUUCAAACGCUAGCUUAACGGGAGGACGGGGAGAUGUCGAAGGAGAAGGGAAAAAAAGGAGUAACAAAAAUCUAAAGUUAUACGAGAGAAAAUUCGAGCGCGAGAGGGAUAGAGAGAAAGACGAUAAGAGCGUGCGUGAGAGUGCGAAAGAGUUACCCUUUAGGAUUAAAAUGCGCGAUCGCUGGUAGCGGUUGCGAUUAGAUCUAGGGACUAAAAUGGGCUAGCAAGGAAAGACAUAAACGUGAGAGUGAUUAUUAUAUUAUAAUCUAUAUAUCGCAAAUAUAUGGCUGGACAUCGGAUGUUGCGUCCCAUCGCGCUUCCAGUAAUGUUUCGGAUAUUAGGAGAGGCCCAAGGUCCACUCGAUGUAAAAGAGAGGUAGGCCCCUUUUGAAAUCCAAGUCUCUCAAUUGGACCACGUUAUACAAUGUGGAAAACAAACUUCAGUUUAAAUGUCUCAUAUUAAAGUCGCUUUCCCGUAUUCUCAGCCUCACUUGUACGUGAUCGCUCCUCCUUCUUUCGGAUAAUAUCACUUUAUAUUGUAUAACACGAUCCAAUUGACGAAUGAACGAAGAUUGGAUAGAUUCCAAUGGACUAUUGGUGAUUGGAGUUUAGGUUAACUUUCGUCGUGACCUUAUGAUAUUGCGCGGAAAGACGAGAGGAAUUUCAAUUAGUGUGAGAAUAGAAAUUAUUACUCAAGGCAUGAGCUUCCUGGGCGAUUAAGAAUAUUCUUUAAAUAACUGGACGGGGAUAGUCCAUUUCAGAGAAUGGAUAUCAUCACCGAGUUAAUCAAUAGGAUGAGUUGCAUCAACGGUAUCGCGCUCAAUUAAUUCUGAGUUAUUCAUUUAAUAUCACUUUUUAGAUUAAAAACUUUAUAAAAAUUUUGAUCUAUAUUAUAGGCCAUCUUUACAAAAAUUGUCCAAUUUUGUACUUCAUCAAUUACUUAUUUUCAGUAUUAAAAGUACUAUUAAAAGGGAAGGAAAAUAAAUUUCAUAUUAAUCUUAAUUGAUAUUAAGCAACAUUGAUACAAUUACAUAAGUUUUCAUUAUGCGUGAACUUUUCUGUAAUGCAAAAUAUAGCGGACAAAUGUCGUUGGAUUCUAAGGGUGAACUAGAUAGAAAAUAAAUCCUUCCAUCAUUUGCAAACAUAUUGACACUUUUUAAAAUAAAAGUUACACGCAUAAAAAAAGGCCUCGAGCAGCCGUUAUUGUAAUACAAUGGCAGUUUAAAAUACACAAUGCACGAAAAUGCAAAAAAUCCUACUACAUCGUAGAGAAUUUAUGAGAGGUUCCUCCCUUCUUUCUGGCGACAAGGGCCGCAUCGCUCUUAAUAAAUUAUGCGCGUAAUUUAUACGACUGGGAUUCGCGUUUUGUUGAUAUCGCAAAAUAAAUGGUUCCUUAUUGCAUAUUAUCAUUACUAUAAUUAAAUUCACAAGAAAGAGCGUCGAUCGAUGAAUUAUAAUUAUAUAAACGACAAAUAUACACGCGAUUAUUAUAUGCGUGCUGUUAUUAUUAUUGCAUUAAACAACAGGGUAAACAAAAAAAAGAGAGAAAAAGAGAAAUAAUUUUAAAUUGGAUAUGUGCGUGGAACGGCAGCCAUUUUGUUUCUUUCGGUGAACGUGCACGCAACGCGCAGAAAAAAGAGGAAUAUAAUAAUGCGUGCAAAAUGAGUCAAUUCUUAAAGAACGUUAGCAAUACUUUUUCAUGACCACAAAGAGACAUACAGCGACAAGAUGGCAGAGAUUAAAGUAUAUGGACAAGAAGUAUAUGGACAGUAUUCUUAAGUUCCUAAAUUAUGCGCGCGACGUAAAACUCGGUUUGUUUGAAGACACAAAAAAAAACAGUGCACUGAGACUGGGAAAAGAGAGACGAAGUGGGCAAACUGCGAUCGCGUGUGUCACCAACGUUUUGUACAUCGCCUAUCCUCUUGUGAGCAAAACAAAAUGAUAUCCCGUUAUAGCCCAGAGAAAUGAAAUGUGAAAGAGAGCGUGAUAUUUUCAAACAAAUGUUCAAAAUAGACAUUGUUUAAGAAAAUAUAAAAAAGCGAUGGACCUUAUCAGGACAAUCGCCUUUUUUAAUCAAAAGUGUAAGUAAAUUUUUUUUUGUUGGAAUAAUUAUUAUUUAAUGAAAGCUAUUUUUAAUAAGUACAAAAAUUAGCAUACAUUUUAGAUUUUGAAAAUCAUUAAACAAAAAUUACAGUAAAUUCACAAUAUCUUUCAUUUGUUUACAAAAAUAUUUGUUUACAAAGAUUUAAAUUUUAAUUAUCAGAAUGAAAAGAUAUUGCAUGUUAUCAUGUAAAAGGAAAAAUCAACUAAAUGUACUAUAUAUAUUGUAAAAUUGUGAUAAUUUGUCACAAUAAUAUUAUUUUUCCAUCAACUGAUUUAAAACAGUAAAAACUAAAAAAAGUGAAAGCUAAUGAAUUUAAUAUUUUAAAUUGAAUGCAAUACAUUUGUAACAUGAUAAAUGAAAUGUGUUCACAAGUGGAAUUUAAAGUUUUUUAACGGCUAUUACGAUCAUAUAUUAAGUUAACAUACAAAUAAAUUGUAUUAUACCAAAAUUAUGUUAAAUUUGUUAACAGUCAAAUAUAUUUUCUCUAUUAAUAUAUAUUUUGGUUUUAUAUUCCAUUAUGAUUAGUAUUUAGUGAUCACUAUUUUCCCGAGCCAUAUCUAUUUAAUUGCCGUUAAAAAUUAUUUACUAAUUAUUAAAUUAAUUUAUGUAUAUAUGAUUAAUUAUAUAUAUGUACGUUAAUUUUGGACUUAUAUUUACUGUUCUAGAAAAAUUUGCGAAUUCUCGCAAUUAUAAAGUAUUCCUGUUAUAGAAUUAAUAAUAAGAAAAUGCAUACAUUCGCGUAUCAUUUUAUUUUGCGAUCUCUUUUUACUGCUAUCGAAUGUUAAAUAGUAUGCUCUUUGACAUACAUUUUAUUUUUAUUUUAUUUUUAAUUUGAUUGAAGAGAGAUGGAUUGCAGAGAUACGAUAUGACCGCAGCGACAUACCUUAUACGAACAAUAACAAAUAAGGAAACAGGAUUACACGGGUAAGCUUCAUAAGGAAGGUGUAAAGAUUAAAUACAACUACAUGUGCACAUACACACAUACAUAUAAACAAGGACAUAACACCAGCUCAACAAAACGUAGAGCGUAAACGUGAAAUUCAUCGUACGUAGACUUAAGAAAAGACGCGCGAGAUCGCAGUGAAGAAGAAACAAAUAAAAUAUAUUUAAAAGAUAGAGAAGAAGAUGGAGA